AUGACUUCACCGGAGGACGAUAAGGCGGUUCUAGAGCUGCGGCUGAGAGUCGGCGAGAAAGGGCCUUAUGUGAAACUGAGCGAGGGUUUAGAGCAACACGGUCAAGAAUCAGAGCCGGAUAAGGAAGACGAGGCUGCUUCGUCGUAUCCGGUUUGGUUCUGGGUCAAGCUUGCUCUUUUAUUCACCUUUCUUGUUGCCUUGGCCGUCGUCGGUUACAUCUGGGUCGGUCCCUUAAUCAUGGAUAAGGAGCUUAUUCCGAUUAUAAAAUGGGAGAUAAGGACUUUUACACAUCCAGUGUGCGGUCUUCUUGUGUUCGCUUCCGUGGCAGUGUUCCCGACGCUACUUCUUCCAUCUACGCCGUCCAUGUGGAUCGCUGGGAUGACAUUUGGCUAUGGAUAUGGCUUUCUGCUAAUUAUCUCAGCUGCAUCUGUUGGUGUAUCUCUUCCUUACUUCAUUGGACAUCUCUUUCGCCACAAACUCCAAGGAUGGCUAGAGAGAUAUCCUAACCAAGCAGUUGUAUUAAGAGCUGCUGGUGAAGGGAAUUGGUUUCACCAGUUUAGAGCAGUAACCUUGAUCCGGAUUUCUCCAUUCCCUUACAUUCUUUAUAACUACUGUUCUGUAGCGACUCGUGUUAAGUAUGGUCCUUACAUCACCGGCUCUCUCUUAGGCAUGGUGCCUGAAGUUUUCGUAGCCAUCUAUACAGGGAAUCUUGUAAAGACAUUAGCAGAGGCAUCUUCUGCAGAAGAACACGGCCUCUCGAUGGCACAGAUAAUUCUCAACAUUCUCGGCUUUUUAGGAACUGUAGCUACAACGAUUCUCAUCACCAAGUAUGCGAAAAGACAGCUGGAGACGAUGAAGAAAGAGGAGGAAGCUUUGUUGCUGUAG